AAUUUGCCAAAUUUCAUAACUGGUCUUCAUAAAUUCUUCCGUCAUCGUAUCUGCAAUUCACAAAUCACAAUUCUUCUCGUAUUUUCACAGUUUGCAUUUGCAGAUAAAAAAACACAACGAAAUGGGGGUGAUAAUCAUUGACGGACCAACGGUGCAAGCUUUUGUGAACGACGAUGUUCAGUUCAGAACCGCAGUGGACAAGCAAUUCGUGCUUCUCGACACCAACAACGACGGGGUUUUAUCGAGAUCCGAGAUGCGAAAAGCGUUCGAGACAACGCGGUUUCUAGAGACAGAUUUUGGUGUGGAUAAGGCUACGCCACCGGAGGAAGUAACGCUGCUGUAUGAGUCGAUUUUCCGAAGCUUCGAUGAAGACAACAAUGGCACCGUUGACAUUGAUGAGUUCAGAUCGGAAGUGAAGAAGAUCAUGCUCGCUGUUGCUGAUGGACUCGGAUCGUCGCCGAUUCAGAUGGCGGUGGAAGAUGAAAACAGUUUUUUCAAACUUGCCGCCGAUCACGAAGCUGCUAGAAUCGCAAACAGUUCUUGAUAUGGAGUUUCAUGAAAUUGGAUCGACAUUUAUUAUUUCGAAGUUUGUGAGGCAGAAUGAUAAGUCGUUACUUGCUCUCUAUGUUGAAUGUAUCAUAUUGUGAUAUUUGGUAUGAUCUCUCAAUUGAAAUAUUGUAAUUUGUAUCUGUAUUUUUCGCUUAUCUAUGACACAUUAUUUUUCACU